ACCCAUUGCAUCGAAAUUCAAAGUAGCUUACAAAGCAUACAUUAACUUUCCUUUCGAUCUAAUUAGAAGUGUUGCAAUAUUCAUUAGCUAAAAAUAUAUAUAUCAUGUCAAGAGUCCCCGACCCACUUAUCAUCGGGAGAGUUAUAGGGGAGGUGGUGGAUAAUUUCUUCCCAAGUGUCAAAAUAACAGUAACUUACAACUCCAACAAACAAGUUGCCAAUGGCCAUGAGCUCAUGCCUGCCCUCAUCACUGGUAGACCUCGGGUUGAGAUUGGCGGCGACGACAUGAGACCUUCUUACACUUUAAUCAUGACAGAUCCUGAUGCUCCAAGCCCUAGUGAUCCCUACUUGAUAGAACAUUUGCACUGGAUGGUUACCGAUAUUCCGGGUACUACUGAUGCUUCCUUUGGGAGGGAAGUUGUUAGCUACGAGACUCCAAAGCCAACAGUGGGCAUCCAUAGAUACGUGUUCGUACUGUUCAAACAGAGAGGAAGACAAACAGUGAGGCCACCAUCUUCCAGGGAUUGUUUCAACACACGGAGGUUCUCAGCCGACAACGGUUUGGGCCUCCCAGUGGCUGCAGUUUACUUCAAUGCCCAGAGAGAAACUGCCGCAAGAUCAAGAAGAUGACUCUGCCACUUCCAUAAUAAUAUAUACAUACAUAAUUUACUACUGAUUAAACAAGUAAAUAAGAUGGAAAUAUCUCUGGUGUCCUGGAUUUAGGGUUUGACACGUAUGUUUAAUGUGAUGGUAUUAGUUUCGCUUUGUACUCUCGUACUGUUGUGUGAGCUACAGUUUGGUAAGGUGACCGUUUUUAUGUAAGAAGUAUAGGUUUGGGUUCUGUCUGUGGACCCACAUCCCCAUGACUUUGGUGGGCACGUCGCAAACUACUCCAUCUAUCAAGAGAAUAACAGAAUUUUUAAGGUC